AUGGGAGCUCUCGAUGAAGACGAAGAUGAUUUUGAUUUGCUUUUCUUGGAUUCCUUUGAAGAAGGAGCUUUUGCACCACCGUUAGGCCCUCCUACAUCAUCUGAGACCUGUGAGUUUGACAACGGCAUGAAGCAAUUGAGAAUGGGUGAGAAGAUAGCCAUUUGUUUGUAA